AUGGCAAAAUCAAGCGAGCUUGACAGGAGAUCGGUUAUUUUCUGGACUUGGGUUCUGUUUCUCGUCUCGAUUCUGUACUUUUUGUUCGCAGGGGGAGCACUCGGCUACAAUGCUUGGUGGCUGGAUGAGUACAGAUUUUCGGUGGAUAAAGAGCUGCCAAUCGUGGAAAUUGUGUAUUUUUGCACGUCCGUGUGCAAUUUCGCGCUCAGCAUCGUCGGAAUUAUUGUCGUCGUUCACCUAAUGCUCAAGCGCAAGUCCAGAAUUACGCUGCAAGCGUAUGGGCUCGUUGUUAGCGUGGCAUUGGUAAUUUCCGUCGUUUUAUCCUCCGCGAUGGUCAUUCUGGACAAUGUCGCAAAAGUUUUGGCGCGGAUCGAGGGAAUCGCCCACCAAAACCCCGAAAACUACUUUGUCAAGUCCCCGUCCGAGCAGUUCUUUUACACAAUCGUCAUUCUGCCGCUCGGACACGCGCUUUUCUUUUCUGUCAUUUCCGGGCUAGCGCUGGGACUCAACACAAGAAUUCAUAAAAUAAAGAAGAUCGAAAUACUUGAGAAGCAGCUUCACCUUCCAUUUUAA